CAAAAAAGUGCGUACAAUCUAACAUACGUUUCACAUAAUGCCAUAUAAUAACUAGAAAUCUUUGUUUGUUUUUGUUGAAAUACCAACAAUUAUUUUUCUCUGAUUCUACACAUUUUUUGCUUAUAUAUUUGAGACAGGUUGCAUGUUUUCUUGUUGUUGCUUUCCCUUUAAAAUGUACAAUAAAUAAACAAACAGGGUUUUUUUUGCCUCAUUGACCCCUGGAGGAGCAGGGCUGCUGGCUCUCACUAGUGCAGCGGGCUGGCAGUGAAACGAAGCCUGUAUCGUUUCACGGGGAGUCGAAGUAGUGCCUCGUUAAACCGGGUGGAGCACGAGCUGUCCGUCGCCAGCUGGUUCGUUUCCCGAGACAAGACAGCGAUGUUUACUGCAUGCGCGCCUGCCGAGUCGUUUGUAGCAAACCCAGCGGAUUAAGGCCGUCUGAGGUGUUGGGGUAUCGGUGUCCGAGCUAGGGCUCUCCGCGCCAGGGUCCAUGCUGUCCCGAACCCUGUCCGGUAACGACAGCGCGGGCUGCCCUGUGAGCUAAAUGACGGUCAGAAACAUCGCCUCCAUCUGUAACAUGGGCACCAAUGCCUCUGCCCUUGAGAAAGACAUUGGUGCAGAGCAAUUCCCGAUUAAUGAACACUACUUCGGAUUGGUCAAUUUUGGGAACACGUGCUACUGUAACUCGGUUCUGCAGGCGCUCUAUUUCUGCCGUCCGUUCCGGGAGAGCGUGCUGGCCUACAAGUCCCAGCAGAAGAAGAAGGAGAGCCUGCUGGUGUGCCUGGCUGACCUCUUCCACAGCAUCGCCACGCAGAAGAAGAAAGUGGGGGUGAUCCCACCCAAGAGGUUCAUCUCCCGCCUGCGCAAGGAGAACGACCUGUUUGACAACUAUAUGCAGCAGGAUGCCCACGAGUUCCUGAACUACCUGCUGAACACAGUAGCUGACAUCCUGCAGGAGGAGAAGAAGCAGGGGAAGCAGAACGGGCGCCCGAAGAGCGACAGGGGCUCCGCCUCCUCUGACGUCACUCAGCCCGAGAACAAGGCGGAGCCCACCUGGGUGCAUGACAUCUUCCAGGGCACGCUGACCAAUGAGACGCGCUGCCUCAACUGUGAGACGGUCAGUAGCAAAGAUGAGGACUUCCUGGAUUUGUCUGUGGAUGUCGAGCAAAACACUUCAAUAACGCACUGCCUCAGGGACUUCAGCGACACAGAGACGCUGUGCAGCGAAUACAAAUACUACUGUGAGAGCUGCUGCAGUAAACAGGAGGCCCAGAAACGGAUGCGGGUCAAGAAGUUACCUAUGAUCCUGGCCCUUCACCUCAAGCGCUUUAAGUACAUGGAGCAGCUGCAGCGCUACACAAAGCUCAGCUACCGUGUCGUCUUCCCCCUCGAGCUCCGCCUCUUCAACACCUCCGGAGACGCCGUCAACCUGGACCGCAUGUACGACCUGGUUGCCGUGGUGGUGCACUGUGGCAGUGGACCAAACAGAGGACACUACAUAACUAUAGUGAAGAGUCACGGCUUCUGGCUGCUGUUUGAUGAUGACAUCGUCGAGAAAAUCGAUGCCCAGGCACUAGAAGAGUUUUAUGGGUUGACAUCUGAUAUUUCUAAGAACUCUGAGUCAGGAUACAUCUUGUUCUAUCAGUCCAGACAGUGAGAGAAACAGGAAAGACAGAACGAGAUGGAGAUGGAAAGAGAGAGUAAGAGACGGUGUGCGUCGAGGAAAGCGGUGUGGUUGAAUCACUGACUAUAAACUCCACAGCACAUGAAGCACCUCCCCUCAGCCCUCGCACACUCAGGACCCAUUACUGAGAUCUGUGCCAAUUGCACCUGAACCUCACACUUGCCAGUGCUACCUUUCCCAGUGCGACCUUUCCCAGUGCGACCUUUCCCAGUGCUACCUUUCCCAGUGCUACC